GAUACAUUUACUCUUUAUUCCUCACACACAGUUCCCAUUUCAGUUUGUUGGGUUUUUAUUGUGACACAGGAGCUUUCUUCAUGGAUGGCUGAACUGAGACUCUUCAAGCUCAAGGGACAUUUUGAAGUAUUGAGGACCCUGCCAGAUGAAUCCCACCUACCCUGAUGGCUCCACGACAGCUCUGUGCAGACUUCCUGGGAAUUCUUCUCCUGGUGACCCAUUCUGUUUCAGAGAAAUUCUCCCUGUCUGGAUCACCCUACCCCGUUGUAGGGAUUGUUGGCCAGGAUGUGGUGUUACCCUGCCAGCUGUCGCCCAGGACUUGGCCUGUAGACACAGAAGUGCUGUGGUCAAAAAUUGAAGGGACACACAGUGAAGCUGGAUAUGUAAACGUACAUCAGUACAAAAAUCAAUCUAACCUGGACAUCUUGGGAGACAACUACCAGAGACGGACAGAGAUGUUCCAACAGGAAUUUAGGAAUGGGAAUGUAUCACUGAAGCUCAAGAGACUCCAUGUUACAGAUGCUGGGACAUAUAUCUGUUUUGUGAAGUCUCCUACAUGGAGUCACGAAGCCAACACUGAGCUACAGAUUGCAGCUGUCGCCCCAGUGUUCAUUGAUGUGCUGGGUCCCCACGGCCAGGGGAUUGGGCUGGCCUGCAGAUCCACAGGAUGGUUCCCCAAACCUGAACUCCACUGGGCUGGAAACAAAGGGCAGAACCUGGAGCUGGAGUCCAAGACUGGAAUGACUCAGGACAAUGAAAGUCUAUAUAAUGUUCUGGGCCAUGUCACUGUCCCAAGAGGAGAGGCCCCAGCAGAGAUUAUCUGUGUAGUACAGAAUGGCCUAUUGAAGACAGAUCGAGAAUCUGCCAUUCAUCUCUCAGAUGACAUUUUCCCACAUACUUCUCCCUGGCUGUCUGCAUUCUGGGUAUCAUUUAUGCUACUUCUUCUUACUAAUGGAGCCUGGGCAUUUCGUGGCUAUAAAGAGAAGCAAAAGAUUUCUCAGAAGAAACGUUGUGAAAAGGAAGCUCUAUUAUCUCUAGAGGCUCAGAAGAAGGAGUUGGAAUCAGAACAGCAUGAUCGAAGCAAGAGGAUUGAGAGACUGACAGUGGAAUUAGAUUUCAGGAAGGCUCGAAGCUACAUGGUUCCCAUCACUCUGGAUCCAGAUUGUAAACACCCAGCACUGAAAGUAUCCGGGGAUGGGAGAAGAGUCUGGCAUGAACCUGAAUCUCUAGAGCAGACCACCCCCUCUGGAGCCCUGAUCGCAGUGGGGAGGGAGGGGUUUGUGCGUGGGAGGCAGUACUGGGAGGUGGAGGUGGGGGAUGAACCAGACUGGGAGCUGGGGGUGCUGAGCGAGACUGUGAGGGACAGAGUGAUAGCAGCACAAUUAGAGAACCCCCCUGUGGAGGGGUGCUGGUCCCUGCGGAGAGCUGAGGGGCUAUAUCACCCCAGGGAGGCAAACACUAAAAUCCGGGAGUGGGAUUUAUGGCCGACAGUGAUUGGGGUUUAUCUGGAUAGAGAUGCAGGGACAGUUUCAUUUUAUAACGUUAACGUCUUGGCUGAUAUUUUUGUGGUGCCUCUUGACAAUUCAGAGAAAGUGUAUCCAUUCCUCAGGCCUGGUCACGCUGUGGGGAGAGACAAAGGGAAACCCCUCAGCAUAUGCUCCCUCAGAGACUGGGAUUUCCCUACGAAAUUAUCAGUGCAGACUGUUUGUCAGGAUAGAGACAAUGACCCAUAUUCCCUGUCAUCCUGAGCUGAGAAGAUGAGAGAAGACAAGAAAUCAGGGUAGGACCUUCCACAACCAAACAAAAGGCCAAAACAGGGAUGGAAGAAAUUACUAAAGCUCCUGGCUUGAAAUUCGGGUAUAAGAAACUCACUCUCAGAUUUUAAAAAAAUCAUCCAAGGGAAUGCACUUAUCCCUUGCAUCCAUCCCCACAGAGCUGUACCUUAGCAGACCUAUUGUCUGCUGUGAAAUCUUUGGAAAUGGAUUUUAUUUUAUUUUGUUAUGUCCCAAUCUCCCAAGGAUCAGCAAACCUGGUAGAGAUAUUAGCUCAAAACUGACAGGUUAGGGAAAACACCACAAUGCUCAUUGAGCCCAGUGGUCGGGGCACUCACCAGAGAAGGAGGUUAUCUAGAUUCCAGUCCUAGUGCCAAUGACCAUUCAAUUAGUUAUACAAAAUGGAAAAGCUUCAACAGGAGAGACUGAGUAAGCUCUGAGCAUUGCCCACAGGUUAGGGUGCUCACGUGAGUUGUGGGAGCCCUGGCUUUAAGUCCCUGCUCUACUUCAGGCUGAAUGGAGAAAUGAACUUGGUUCUCCCUCAUCCUGGGUGAGUGCUGUAACUAUUGGGUCUAAGGGGGUGGUGCCUUCUUCCUUUUUUUUCUUUUUGUGAGGAAGGGCUAGUCUGGACUAGGUGCUAUGACACAGAGGCUCCUUGGCCAAGGGUCCCUCAUUAUUUCCAAACAACUGUUACCCCCAACCUGACAGACUCACUACACCAAACAUACCUUGCAGGAUAUUUUCCAUAAACAGUUACAUGUGAGGUAUCUACAGAAAGCUUGUAACUUGUCAAGAUUCCUAAUCAUUGUGAGACAUGUGUACACGUAAUAUUUAACUAACAGUGUAUUUAUAUUGAAAGUUUGCUUUAUGGACUCAAGUAAAACUAGU